AUGAGGCUCCCGAAAGGGACGAAGGUGGAGGUGUGGAUCGCGGACGCCGCGCCCAACAUGGGCGCGUGGCGCGCCGGCGAGGUGAUUGACGGCAACGGCCACAAGUAUGACAUUAAGUGGUUCGACGCCGGCCCCGACCCAGGGCGCAUCAUGAGGAAGUUCGUCCGGCCGAGGCCCAACCCCGACCUCCAGCUGCCCAAGGACGUCGCCCCGGGCGACAUCGUGGAGCUGUUCGACAGCAACCUGUGGAAGUUGGUCGAGGUCGUGCGCGUUGACGACCACCAGUUCGACGUCAAGUUCUUCGGCUACACCAAUAUCCUUACGGUGGACGUGAGCCUUCUCCGGCCCCGACUGACUUAUGGGGAGGAAGGCUGGUCCUUGAUCCACAAGAAUAGCAAGAUCCCCAUCGAGAGCCCCAUACCAUCCCGCCCUAUCGCCGGUAAAAAGAUCAAGAGCAAAGCCACUGGCAAUGGGAUUGGCAACGUCGGCAGCAACUUCGCCGCCCAAGCGGUCAUGCUGGGCAAGAAGAGGAGCAACUGCACGGUGGACUCCAACAUCGUCAGGGAUGUCAAGAGAUUUCAGGGCGACACCGACAGGCUCUUUGCCAAGCGAGACGAACCGGUAGCAAGAUACAAUGACAACAUUGAAGUUAUGGAUGUACACCCAGGCCAUUACCUCAAGAAGCGGGAGGGCACGGGCAACAAUGUAGAUUUCUGCUUGGCUCCAAUAACAGACCGCCACAACCACAAGGACGAUGGUGCUAGUAAGUCUGACACAUCGUCAUCUACCAGCGACACAUCUACCAGCGACAGCAGUGGUAGCAGCGGAAGCAAAGGCAGGGGCGGUGACUGCGCAACUUCCGCCACCGUACAGCAUAGCCAAAAACAUCAAGAGGCUGACAUUCAGCUGCUGCGGAGGCGCAAUGAAGUGGAGCAAGAUUCUGACAGCAGGACGUUGCAGCACCACCGAUCGAACGAGGUACAGGGUUCGAUUCAACAAGAAGGGCAACACGACGGUAGUCUCCAUGUUCUGGAGCUGGACGCGUACGUGAGUGUCAUGAAGGCCUUCCACGCCACAGGAUCGCUGACUUGGGUCAAGGGGGAGCUGUUGUCCGACCUCCGCCUGCACCUCAACAUCUCUAGCGACGAACACCUGCAGGUCAUAUGGCUCUUGAACGGGAAGAAGAAACCUGCAGGCGGAUCACGCAAUGACAAUUCAGCUUGUCACUAG